AAUGCUUCUUGGAUGCCGGCGGAUGUAGAGUGCAUGCUAGAGGUGUUGGAUGGUCACAAAGCAGCUGCUGGAGACGGAGUUAGCUUCAAGGCAGUGGUCUGGAAUGCCGUGAUGGAUGAGUGCAAUAAGAUCCUUACGGAGGUAGAAAGACUGCUACUGCACGUAAAAACAAGUAUGGUCAGGUGCCUUGUGAGGACUUUCAACAUCAUUUGCGACAUCAAGCGUGUUUCCGGGUGGCAUUGGAGCGAUGAAACUGGUGCAUCCAUCAAUGCUGAGAGCGCUUCCACAUGGGAUGACUACGCUCGCAAGCAUAAAGGUGCUAAGCCCUUUCAUAACCAUGGGUGGCAGUACCUGGGAGCGAUGGAGAAGCUUCGAGGGUCCUCUGAGCCG